UAAGAAAAUUUAUACACUGUUGUAAAGUAAGAAGAUGAGCAAGAACGAUCCAUAAAGAAAAUACUCAGAAUGUAUACCCAUUUAGUCUCACUUUGGUUCACUUACAAAUGAAUCAUCAUGAACAAUAUUUAAUUUGCAAAUCGAUAGGAUUACUAGAAAAAGUAAAAUGAAACAACGCAAAGACGGUGAUUAAUUUGCAGACUCAAUAUUACGUUUAAAUAUAAAAUUAAGGCAUAAUACAUAAAUAGGCCCACACAAUAAUGAAAGGUGGAUCAAGGAUUAAAUUACACGGAGAGCUCACUAAACUUUUGGAGGUGGAGUUGCAUCAGAGGGGAACUUCUGUUGUACCUCCAAGUGAGGUGUAUGGAAGUUGGGAUGGCAUCGAAUCCAAAGAUAAGGAAAUAGUGUGGCCACCAAUGGUGAUUAUCAUGAACAUGGCUUUUGAGAAAGAUGAUAAUGAAAAGUGGAUUGGAAUGGGAAAUCAGGAGCUACGCGACUAUUUCAGCUCUUUUCUAUUGUCAAGAAUGUUUGACAUUCAUAUGGUCCACGAGGCCAUUGUGGCAUCAGGGUAUUGGUUUUUGAGGCCACUGCCACGGGAUACAUGGAGGCUCUAUAUUUUAGUGAGUAGUUUUCUAAAACAGGAAGAGAUAAAGAUGCGUGAGAAUGUAGUCCAGUUCACUUUUAUCCGGGGGGGAUACAUAAGCUUUAUAGUUAGAUGGUAGAGAAAAGAUACAUGGACAACUUCAACCAGCAUUUACAUGGGAAAUCAAGGAUGAAGUUCGAGAUGAAGUCGUAUGAUGAAAUUGUUCGAAAUCCAAAAAGGCAGAUGUCGUAGGAUAAUUAAUUGCUCGUACGGUUCAAGAACCAAUCCGCUAAGAACCAAAUGAAAGCUAAAGCUCUUGAAGAGACUCUUAGUGUCAUGAAUGAAAAGCACCGUCAGACCGUGGAAGAGAACAAGAUCAUCAACCUGAAAGCGAAGAUGCACUAUGAUUAGAAGAAAGAAGAGAUGGAGUAUCAAGAGCAAUUUUUCAAGAAUCAGUUCAAAAUGAUUUACAAUGCCAGGAUUGCCGAGGAGGACAAAUUUGAGCAGAUACAGCAGGAACAACGUGAGAUAUUCAAGAAAUAUUUUUCAAAUGCUUCCUCAACUAUAGAGGAUUAUCGAGUCAGGGCAGAGAAAGUUAAGAAAUUAAUCAAACUCCAGGUUAAAGAAAGGAAAGCAUUUGUGCAAGAGAAGGAAAGUCUGAUAAGAGCUCAUGAAGAGAGAAAACGCAAACUCUGGGAAGAGGAGAUGACAUUGGAAGAGAAAUUUGACCUUGACCUGGCUAGGCUGAUGGAGAAGUACUCCCCAAAGCAAUCUGAGCAGGUAUAGAGUACUACUUCUGCUGAAGUUGCGAUGCUCCACAAACUUUUAUAGUCCAGUUUGACCAUGUGUUAUGCUGAUGCUAAAGAAACGAUUCUAGUAGCUUUAUCCAAAAACUAUUAAUAUAUGCCUUGAACAAAUGAUGCACUCGAGUUGCUAUUUAGACAUUUUCAAGAGUUUUAUUUGUUUUCAGGUUGUGAAGCCUGUCUGUCACCUUUAUGUUUGAUCACUUAAACAUAUGGCUUUUCAUGGUAAUUGAAAGAUUCUUCAAUUUAUCUUUGCUCAUUCUUUUCUCAUUAUUACUUAGUCUACUGAAAUUGUUUAUGAUCAACUUGAUAAAAGUAUGCUACUUUUGUGAGAGAGCAAUGGACAUUUGAUCAAUCCUCUGCCAGUAAUGUUUCAGUAUGAUUCCAUUAAAAAAGUAUUUACUGAAGACUUGAAAACUAUAAACACUGCCUAACAACUGAUGAAUUUAUGCACAACCAGGAGAAAGGAUCACUCCAUCUUUUUGGAUCUUGAUAAGUUUAAUAUGUGUUUCUCCUCUUUUUCUCCGUUGGAAAAUGUUAGCUUACGAAGCAAAGGCUUUACCUUAUUUCUCUGUACUCUUUUGUAUGAGUUAGUUUUCUUGGGUAUGUGCAUACCUUCAAUAAUUGGUAUUGGGUUUUGGUAUAGCUAUUAGUUACAUAGUUACUAUUUUCUUUUGGUAUCCCACCCG